AUGGCUACAUUCUUCAUAGUCUCGCUUCUUGCUUCGAGCACCUAUGCCUGCCUUCCAGGACUUGGCGGUGGCGGUGGCGGCGGCUGCUGUCAGCCAUCGCAACCGGCUUGCGCCAAUCCAUGCGGAGGUCCAUCAGCUGCCGGGUAUGCCGCCGCCGCCGGUGGAUAUCCACGUGCGCCUGUAGGAUACGCUGCGCCUCCACCGCCGCCACCGCCACCACCACCACCGGCACCACUUGGCGGAGGAUACGCCGCAGCUGGAGCCGGAGGAGCCUAUGCUGAUGCGGCCGGAUCGCAAGGAUACGCGGGAGCUGGACAGACAGCCUACGCCGCAGCCGCACAAGGAGGACAAGGCGGAUACGCUGGAGCUGGACAAUUAGAACAGGGAGGAUAUGCUGGAGCCGGACAAGGAGGACAAGGCGGAUAUGCUGGAGCCGCACAAGGAGGACAAGGAGGAUAUGCUGGAGCCGCACAAGGAGGAUACGCUGGAGCCGCACAAGGAGGACAAGGCGGAUAUGCUGGAGCCGGACAAGCUGGUGCGCAAGGAGGAUACAUCGCCGGAGGAGCUGGACCUGCCCCAGUACAGGGAGGAUACAUCUCGCAGACCAACCAGGGAGCCGUAGCACCAGUCCCAUCUGCUGGAGGAUACACCGGAGGAGCCGCCGUCCAGGUUGAGACCGGAGUCGCCACCUCGGGAGGAGAAGUCUCCCAACAGGGAGGAGCUCAAGGAGGAGACGGAGGAUACGGAGGAGAGACCAACUCUGUUGUCGCUCAGACUGAAGCUCCAGCCGGCAACGAGGGAGGAUAUGGAGGACAACAGCCCGUUGUGGCCACCGCUGCCCCAACCGCUACCUACGAGAAUGUUCAGCCAGCCGCUACCCCAGCGGCCCCAGCCGUUACCGAGGAGGUCGAGGAAGUCUACGAGGAAAAGACCACCGACGCGCCAGUCGCCGAAACCGAAGCUCCAGCUCAACCAGAGCCAGUCGUCGCCGAGACUCAAGCGCCAGCUCAGCCGGAACCAGUUGCUGAGGUGAACACUGCCGCACCAGAGCCAGUUGUUACUGAAUACGCGAUCCAAACCACUUCGUAUGCACCACCACCACCACCACAGCCAGCACCUGAACCGGAGCCAGAAGUUGCCACCGAGGCACCAGAAGAGGUAUACGAGGACGAGGAGGUGACCACCGCUCAAUACGAGCUAAGCACCGAAUCGUUCGAAGACGUAAACGCCGAGCAGACCGACGCUCCACAGCCACCACCACCAGCACCAGAAACACCAUAUGUCCCACCAGCACAAACCUAUACUGAGCAGAAGCCUGGAUACGAGCAGACCGCUCCAGCCGUUGAAACCAAGGAAGCCUCUUAUGAUGACGAGACCGAGGAAGAGCCAGCACCCACUCAAGGAUACGACGCCACCGAAUCCACCACCAAGGCCGCCGAUGGAUACCAAUCUCAGGUCAAUUUUGAAGUCCAAAAUGGGAAUCGAAGCUUGUAUAAAAGGAAGCGCUCAAAAACGGAAUAUCAACAAAUCAUGUACAUCUUCGUCGGAUUGUCUGCUUUCGUUGCCGUCCUCUUCCUCCAGUAUGACGGAGUGAUGAGCUGUGCCCCGAAAGCGAACGCCAGCAAUCCGAUCGACGAUGAAGUCUUGCGAGUCAAGCGUUCUGCGGAAGCGAUCUCGAUCAUCACCGUCACCAACAGACCCUACAAUCCGGAGAAUGCAAAAGCCGCGAUUGCAUUGAUCAAACAAAGAUUCACUCAGCUUUCGAUUCAGAAUGGAUUGAAUCUCGAGACGGUUGGACACGAAGACAAAUCGGUGAACAUGGGCGGAAAGCUGGCAAUCCACACGAGUGUUCCGGACCGGCCGCAGCGUUGUCAGAAGGGAAUCGCUUUUCUCGAGAAGGCAAAGCCGGAAAUCACGGAAAUCGCUUACAUCUUCAUCCGAUGCCCGGAUGGAACUACUAAAUACAUUUAA